CGCCCCUUCUCUUCACUUCUUCGUCAUCAAAGAUCAAAGUCCUUAGUUCAACUCCGCUCCACUCAGGGAAAACCGUGAUCUUUCCGAAAGAGGCUGUUGGCAACCAGCUUCCUCGUCGCCUUGUGGUCAAGCACCCCCGUACAUCAAACCCAUUCACGCGUCCCUGGGCCGUCCCCUCCGCGAGCCCUUAUGAUACUAACUUUCUCCUUCAACAUAGGUCAUCAAACCCCCUCCAUUGCCUGGCCGACAACCACCUCCCCAAAAUGGCGUUACAGAACCCUUUCGUCCCCUGGCUCGGCCUCAGCCCUUGGUCGUCCACCACCACUUCCCUCGCAAGCAUCUUAUCGACCCCCACCGCAACCAGCGCGAUAAUGCCCACCGAGACCACCGAGUUUCUCAAGGCCUGGGCCUACGACGAGCAGUCGGCCGUCGUCAAGUGGUUCAAGGGCGUCGCCGCUGGCGUCGCCGCCUCCCUGCUCCUCGCCUCCCUGUGCUGCUGCUGGGCGCCCUGCGUCUAUUGGUACUACGGCGGCGAUUUCUCGCAGCGGGACGCCCUCGACGACAUGACGGACGCCAUGCUCCGCGGCCAGUUCGUUCCCGAGGGCGGCUGGGGCCUCUGGCUCCGCGGUCGCGGCGCAUCCGACAACGAGGGCGUCGGCGUUCCCGCGGGUGACGCCCGUGGUUACGAGCGGAAUCCUGACAUGACGACAGCGCGCAACCGCAACGAGCGCCGCGCCAUGGGCCGCCGUGCUCGCCGCCGCGGCCGCCAGGACUGAGUCCUCCGAACUCCGCCAUCUCUAGCUCCUUCCCUUUAGCUCCUCCCCUUUCCAAGUACAAUACCUCAACGCAGCUGGGAUGCCAUCCCGACCACCUAAUACUCGUCAAGAUAAA